AUGGUAAUGAAGGGCCUCAUCCCCGCACCCAAGGGGCGAGUUCGAACGCAGGUCGGACACAAGUACCUCGAAGCACUACAAGCCAAAGUCCAUUCGGAUUCGGAUACCUCGAGCUCACCGUCCCCUUCGGAUGAACCAAAGUCCCCGGGUUUGAAUCUGUUGAUUCUCGGGAUCACUUCUGGGACGGCUAUGGAUGAUAUCGACUUUGCACUCUGCAGGUUUACACAAGAAUUCCCAGAAGCCCCUCUCUGUCUGGAAAUUGUCCAGUACGACUCGGUGGUUAUGCCUUCCAAAAUCCGAACCGAUAUCCUCUCCAUGCUUCGAGAAGACGCUGCUCCACCAAGCAUGUUAUCGCAGAUGGACGCGGAGAUGGGCCAUACCUUUGCGAAUGCCAUCCAUAUCUUCACACACAAGCACGGAAUUGCUGUUGACGAUAUAGACCUGAUCGGCUCCGGUGGGCAACUUGUGACCUUGACGGGAACCCCGCCAAAGGGUCAGCAUCGUUCGAAUAUGUGCUUGGGAGAAGGAGCCGUAAUAUCAGCCAAGACGGGUAUUACAACGGUCUCAGAUUACCGGACAGCAGAACAAGCAGUUGGAAGGCAAGGAGCGCCACUGUUCGCAUACCUCGUCGGGCUGUUGAUACACCAUCCCACCAGACUUCAGAUCUGCAUAACAAUCGGCGGUAUAACCACUGUCAGUUUCAUCCCUGCAGACAAUAAAGGAGGCAUAGAUGCCAUGUACGACUGGGAUACCGGGCCAGGAACCUCAAUGAUUGACUCUGCCUUUCGGCAAUUUGGCCUCGACCCCGCCACAGACCAGAGCUCACAUCUACUAGGUGGGAAUAUUUGCCAUGAAGUCGUCAAUGAACUUCUUAACCAUGACGAGUUUCUGAAGACACGUCCACCGAAAACGACGGCGAGGGAAAUAUACGGUGAUGCGAUGGCAAUGCGGAUCGUUACAAUGUGCAACUUCCGGGGUUGUACUCCGGCGGACACGAUAGCUACAAUGACACGCUUCACGUCCGCCAGCAUCGCUCAGCAAAUGCUACUCUACGGCCCAGGUCGAGAAGCUAUCAAUAAUGCGGACAUUGUUGUCGAUGGACGCGGGAUGUGGAAUCCGCAACUCAUUUCCGAUCUUCAAGGCGAGUUCCCCGCUGCGAGGUUUGGCAGUUUCGACAAGACUGGUGUCCCGAGUAAUGCAAAGAAGGCUGUGGGAUUUGCUAUGCAGGCUAUGGAGGCAUUGCUGGGAAGGGCGCUACCUGUUCCGACGAAUGCAGAUGUUAGGAGGCCGAAUACCAUAACAGGGAAGCUGGCUCCUGGAUUGAGGUGGAGGGAGGUUAUUGAGAAGAGUGUGCAGUUUGGGGGCACGGGUAGAGGAUGGGAAGGCUUGCCUGAGGUGCGGGAGUUGAUUGUCAGGCGGGCAUAG